AUGAAAGCAUUCGUUUUUCAUCAAUCUCAAGAAGGUCCUAAUGCCAUUUUUGAAGAAAAACCUGUGAAAGAGGUUCCUGAUGGUUACGCGCGUGUAAAAGUUUUGGCUGCUUCAUUGAAUCAUCGUGACGAAUGGAUUCGGCAUGGUUUCUAUAAAUUAGGAGAUAAUUAUAUUAUGGGUAGUGAUGUUGAAGAAGUGAAAGACGAAGAGUAUAAUAAUCUUGUUGGAAAACAAGUCAUUAUUUAUCCAUAUUUAGAAUGGGUAAACGAUGUGCGUUCCUCACGUCAUGUCCUCAAAAUACUGGGGGGCCCAGAUGAUGGCACUUUCUGCGAAAACAUUAUUGUUCCAGCUAAAAACCUUAUAGUGAAACCUGAUCAUUUGACACCUGAACAAGCUGCCACGUUACCUAUUGCCGGACUGACAUCAUAUCAAGCACUCAUAGUUCGUGGUGGACUUAAAGCUGGUGAAACUGUUCUGAUCACAGGUAGUGGUGGAGGUUGUGGUAUAUUCCUGAUCCAAUUUGCCAAGGCAUUUGGUGCCAAGGUAUUUUUCACGACAGGUCAACAAUAUAAGCUUAACUUUUUAGAAGACAAGUUUAAUGUCAAGGGUGUACUUUAUACAGAAGUGAAUUGGUUUGAUAAGUUAAAACAAAUCGUACCUGAGGAGCAUGGCGGAUUUUUUGAUAUGAUUGUUGAUUCGUCUGGCGGCAGAUUUGUUCCUACUUAUCUGGACUUGCUAAAACCCUCGGGUCGAUACGUCUUUUUUGGCCAGACGCUUGGGCCACCCACAACCGAACUAUUACAAAAAUGGAGCAUAAUUUAUUUGAAAAGUCUUACUAUUAUUGGUUCAGAUCUUGGCAACUUUACAGAAUUUGAAUCUAUGAUAAAAUUUAUUAUUGAUUACAAAAUUGUUCCAUUAAUUGAUUCUGUUGUACCAUUCGAUCGAAUAAUGGAACAAUUUACUAAAAUGGAAAGACGAGAACAAAUCGGCAAAUUAGUUGUUUCUUUUUGUUAA